GGGCGGUUGAAGAUGGCGGAUCUUCACCGGGACGAUCCCGAGCUGGAGCCGGAUCCAGGCUGUGUCCCGGGGCUGCAUCCUGAGGAUGUAAAGACUCAAAGCCAUUACAAUCAUGGCUACAGUGAAUCCCUGGCACGGAAAGGCCAUAUCGAUGACUACAGCACCUGGGACAUUGUCAAAGCCACACAAUAUGGCAUCUUUGACCGCUGUCGAGAACUUGUGGAAGCAGGUUACGAUGUACGGCAGCCUGACAAAGAAAAUGUUACACUGCUGCACUGGGCUGCAAUCAAUAACAGAAUUGAUCUGAGCAGAUACUACAUCUCCAAGGGUGCGAUUGUGGAUCAGCUUGGUGGCGACCUUAAUUCCACCCCUCUUCACUGGGCAACAAGGCAGGGUCACUUGUCCAUGGUUGUGCAUCUGAUGAAGUAUGGUGCGGAACCGUCACUGAUUGAUGGAGAAGGCUGUAGCUGUAUCCACCUUGCUGCUCAGUUUGGUCAUACCUCUAUUGUUGCAUACCUGAUUGCAAAGGGGCAGGAUGUAGAUAUGAUGGACCAGAAUGGAAUGACACCAUUGAUGUGGGCAGCUUAUAGAACACACAGUGUGGAUCCGACGAGACUGUUGCUCACAUUCAAUGUGUCAGUGAGUCUUGGAGACAAGUACCAUAAGAACACAGCAUUACACUGGGCAGUGCUGGCAGGAAACACCACCGUGAUCAGUCUGCUGCUCGAGGCUGGGGCGAAUGUAGAUGCUCAAAAUAUUAAGGGUGAAACACCAUUAGAUCUUGCUAAACAGAGGAAAAAUGUUUGGAUGAUUAACCAUUUACAAGAAGCAAGGCAAGCAAAAGGCUUUGACAGUCCUUCAUUCCUAAAAAGGCUGAAGGCAGACAAGGAAUUUCGUCAAAAGGUGAUGCUGGGGACUCCAUUUUUAGUGAUCUGGUUGAUGGGAUUCAUAGCUGACCUUGACAUUGAUUCCUGGCUAAUAAAGGGACUGAUGUAUGGUGGAGUCUGGGCAAUGGUACAGUUCCUGUCAAAAUCAUUCUUUGAUCACUCUAUGCACAGUGCACUGCCUCUUGGGAUUUAUCUGGCAACCAAAUUCUGGAUGUAUGCUACAUGGUUCUUUUGGCUGUGGUCUGAUCUCCCUGUUCUGUCAGUUCACCUCCCAUUUCUUGUCAAUAGUGUAGGACUUUUCUACAAUUUUGGAAAGUCGUGGAAGUCAGACCCAGGAGUCAUUAAAGCUACAGAAGAGCAGAAGAAGAAGACAAUCGUGGAACUGGCUGAAUCUGGGCACUUGGACCUGAGUAUAUUUUGCAGUACCUGUUUGAUCCAGAAACCUGUUCGGUCUAAGCAUUGUGCUGUGUGCAACAGGUGCAUUGCCAAGUUUGAUCACCACUGUCCAUGGGUUGGUAACUGUGUAGGAGCAGGGAACCACAGAUAUUUCAUUGGAUACCUGUUCUUCUUAUUAGGCAUGAUCAUUUGGAUGAUUUAUGGCUGUUUUUUAUAUUGGAGCAUCCACUGUGAGUCUAACUAUCCAAAAGAUGGAUUCUGGACAUAUAUCACGGAAAUUGCAAGCUGCUCUCCGUGGGUUUUCUGGAUGUUUCUGAACAGUCUCUUUCACUUCUUGUGGGUUGCUGUGUUACUCAUGUGUCAGAUGUAUCAGAUUGCUUGCCUUGGAAUAACUACAAAUGAAAGGAUGAAUGCAAGACGCUACAAGCACUUUAAAGUUACAACAACCACUAUUGAAAGUCCCUUCAACCAUGGUUGCAUUAGGAAUAUCAUAGACUUCUUUGAAUUUAGAUGUUUUGGCCUCUUUCGCCCUGUGAUGGUGGACUGGACACAUCAGUAUACAAUAGACUAUGACCAGACGUCAGGGAGCGGUUAUCAGCUGGUGUAGUGGAUCCCAUACCCAUAGGCUGGAUCAAUUCACCAUCACCCUUCGAACUGGUGCCUGACACAUUUCCUUUAUUUCCUUCUCUGAAAUCAACAGAACAAUAUGUUGCUGAGGGGAGGUGACAACCUGUGGUUCUUACAUCAUGAUCCGUCACAUCCAAACAUUAAACAGGGACGGUUUUGCUGCCUGUUUCUUCCUGUUGUGAUCAAACUGUGGUAGAAGUGGAUGGCUGAAAGGGACUCCUUAUUCAAAAGAAAUACAGACUGCUUUUCACAGGAGUUUGCUUUUAACAUAACAUUGUGUGCUCUGGUUGCAAUGUCAGAGGAGCAAUCAAGUAUGAAUUCUGGAACCCCAAUUCUGUUCCAUUUGCUCAAGAAGCUGAAUUCAAAAUUUGUCGUACUCAUCAGGAACGUGUAGAAACGCAUCUGUGUGAUUAUGCUGCUUAUUAUGCAUUAAACACUAUUUACAUGGUACUUUCAGUUGCACUGCAGAAUGCCAGAAAUCGAUUAGUCAAGGUUAUGUGCAGAGGUAACAUCUAAAAUCCGUUUGUAUCAGCUGUUCACUUAACAAAAUACUUUCUCUCUUUUAAUCAUGAUUUUAAGGAAUGAGUCACUGUCCAUUUGGCAUUUCUGGACAACUAGAUGUUAAUAAUCAUUGACAAGAAAGUCAUGAGCAUGCAGCACAGUGCUGUCAGUCUCACUCUCGUGGUCUUUAAUUAGUUGAGUUUGCUCAAUUCUAAAGCAGGCUGCUCAGCAAUGAGUGUCAGAAAUGUCUGUUUUGAUGGGGUUUGAGACUGAGGGCAAGAGGAAAAAUUUGCAUCAUCCACCUCUCCGCUCGGAAAGCAUCUUCUGCAGGGUGGUCAUGGAAUCUGCUGUGCCAGCCAUGGAGCGAGAUAGGGUUUUUUUUAUCAGUCUUGCUGCCUGAACAGUUCAGGAUGAUUGGCUCAGACAGAGAAGGCGACUGGAGUGAAAAACCACAUUGUGGAAAAGAACUGCAAUGCAUUUUUAUAGCUUUUUGCAUUUAGUCACAAUUGUCCAUCCACUGCUUUCUGCAUACUCAUGUUUAUACAGACAGUUGAAAGUUUAGUCAAGAAACCUGUGCAAAAUGCAAAUUAAAUUAGCUCCUGGAGCAAGUGUAAAGAUUGGUUGUAUCUGUAUAUAAAUUAUUUAUCAACUAGUUUUAUCGUGUGUAAUUUUGUCAGUGUUAGUUUGGAGCUAUGAACUUAACUUUCAACUCCAUGAGAAAAAAAACGAAGUGUAGGAAUGUAGUUCAUUUGCUUCUGGUAGUGCUGCUGCUGCUGUUCAGAACUAAUCAACCAUUGAAUUCACUGCAUGUCGGAUGCUUUGCAAAAUUAACGAAAAAGAAAUGGCAGCUCCCUCGAUUGUAGGACAUAAAACAUUGCAACAGUUAACAAUUAAGUGUUAUUUCACCAUCUUCCCCUUGGUGGGAAGAUCAGUCAAUUUGUAAAUAGUCAGUGUCCUGUGUUUGCAAAGUCCAAGAAUUUUCAGUAGCUGUUUAUUUUGUAGUGGAGCCCACACCUAGUUUGUAAGCAAUGUACCAGAUAUCAAGACUUGCAGUAUUGUAAUAUUAAUCAACUUGAAUGUUUAUCAGGUUUUUUAAAAAAGCAAGACUACUUUCUCUUUGUCAUUAAUUGGAGCAUAUUGCAGGUUUGUGUGCACAUGGAAUAUAACAUCACAUUGUCUAAGCUCUUUGAGAAACAGGACUGCAACAUGUGGGAGUCCAUCUGACACUCUGACUAGCUGCAAUGAGAAUGAGGACCAAGCAAGGAUUAAAAAUAGUCCAGGAUGAGUUGCUACUGAUUUCAAUUCUGCCAGCUCCAGAGAAGAAUUUCACCCCCUUUUUAAAGUUUAAAACACUGGCAUUUAUCCGAAUUAUUUUUCCUUUGUACUUUGACUUUUGAAUAACCUGUUAUAUUCACCCUCUCUCUAAAUUCUACAGUCCCUACUCAGGCCAGUUUUUUUUUGUGUGUAUUGGAGUUUCGUACUCGCAGUUAGUAAGAGUUUUACAUUUCAGUAAUACUUGGGCGACACUAUAUCCUGCAAAUUGUGAAUGUUGUUUUGUUUUUGUAUGACAUUAUUUAUAACUGUGCCAAGUGUUUUGUUUUGCUAAAAUCCAGACCCUUUAUGUACAAUGUGGAGGACAAAAUAUAUGACUGUAAAAUUAAAGCUGGCUGUUCUUCCAAUGGUGGGAUUGGGUUGUCAAAAUUUUGUAAAUUAUUGAACUAAUAAAUCAACUGCAUCCAGUCAUUCAUUGCUAUCAAA